AUGAAGGUCUUGUCACUCUUGGUUUCUUUUGCUGCGGCGGUGUCCGCGCUGGCAGUAAGGCAGGCCGACGUCGUAAGCGAUCUGAAAACCCUAGUGUCAUCGCCAUCUUCAGUCAAUGCCGAAAUUCGAGCACGCUGGAGUGAUUACAACGCGCCCUUGCCAGCGGUUGUCGUCAGCGUGCAGGCUGAAAAAGACAUAGCAACAAUAAUCAAGUACUGUACAAAGAUUGGUAUACCUUUUCUUGCGCAGAAUGGCGGUAUUGGAUGGGGAAAGACCUUCAGUUUGGGAAAAUGGGGCGUUGUGAUCGACCUAUCUAAUCUCAACAAAGUCACUGUCGCUGCAGACAAGACGACCGCCACUAUUGGAGGCGGUGCAAGCAUUGGAGAAACCGUCGCAGCAGCCAACGCUGUCGGUGCUUUGAUUAUUACAGGCAACUGUAACUGCGUUGGCGCUCUGGGAGCUAUGCUUGGUGGCGGAUACGGUAACCUCAUGGGUGAGGUCGGCUUUGGAGUCGAUAACAUUAUCUCCAUGCGUGUGGUCAUCGCUACCGGCGAGAUACUCACAGUAUCUUCUACGUCUCACCCUGAAUUGUUCUGGGCACUUCGAGGAGCAGGUCCCAACUUUGGAAUCGUGGUUUCAGCGACCGUCAGGGCAAUGCCCGCUACCGAAGAAGAUCGUACAGCAUUCAUCAACAACCUCUUAUUUUCGCCCGACAAGCUCGAACAGGUUGCGCAAGCGGUGGAGGACCUUCCCCUCACGCCACAACAGCGAGUGUACCUCGUACUAACCUCCAGUGGCGAGCCACUUAACGAGCCCUCCAUUCUGGUUACCGGCUUUCUUCGGAAGGGGACUAAUGAAACAGGUCGCGCAGCCUUCGCCCCUUUUUACGAUAUCGGGCCUGUAUCCCAAUCCAGCGCAAUUACCACAUAUGAUCACUGGAACGAUGCCAAUAUCGGCUUUUGUAACCGUGGUGGUCGCAAGCCGUCAUACAGCUCAACUAUCACUGGAAUGAGCGCACAGAAGUGGCCUGAGAUCUGGGAGCUCUACAAAGGUUUUCAGGCGAAAGGUCUAAAUUCUGCUGUGCUUGUCGAGCGCUAUAAUCUGACCAAAGCCAAGUCCGCAUCUCUCGACUCAACAGCCAUGAACGAGGCAUUGAGGAGGGACGCAUUCUCACAGGCAAUCGUUAUACCGUGGUAUGAUGAUGCUAGUCUCGAUGUUGAAGCUUUGGAAUUUGGAAGUAAGGUUAGGGCACUGUGGACAAGGAGUAGCAAUCCGAAAAAUGAUCCAACGUAUGCAAACUUUGCAUUCGGGGACGAGACAAACACCGCCAUCUAUGGAACCGGUCUCGCGAGACUGAAAACGCUCAAAAAGAAAUACGACCCGAAAAGAGUGUUUACUCAAUGGUUUCCGAUUCAGUCGUGA